AUGGUCAGAUUCAAUAUGUACGGACGGGGGCUCAGCCUUCGGCUGGCCAUCAUGUUUACCUGCCAAGCAGCAUUCGCCUUAUUCGGCUACAACCAGGCAGUAUUUUCUGGGAUCAUCAACAACGCCGACUUCCUCUCUAUCGUCCACUAUCCCAGUACGGCUGUAAUGGGGAUCAUAGUGUCUAUAUACAAUCUAGGCUGUCUCCUUGGCACAGUGGUGGCCUUCUUGACAAGCGACAAUUUAGGUUUUCGAAAGUCUGUGUGGCUUGCGAUGUGUAUAAUAAUAGAUGCUAAUGGCGCUUUACAGAUUGGGGCAACGGUCCAGACCAGCUCCUACUCCAAAGCGCAGUUGCUCGUGUCCCGGCUCUUCACUGGGAUUGGAAUUGGCAUCAUGACAACGACCGUGCCCGUGUAUCAAGCGGAAUUAUGUGAAGCACGCAAACGAGGAAUGUACGUCUGCACUCAGCCUCUCGCUGUCGGUGUAGGGAUUACCAUCGCGUACUGGUACGACUAUGGGAUGAGCUAUGUGGAUGGGCAAGGCGGCUGCCCAUCGCCAGCCAAACUUCCGGAGAAUCCUCGGUGGUUAUGCCGUCAGCAUAGGAGACAGGAGGCCUUGCAAGUUUUAUGCGAAUUUUAUGAUCUACCAAUAGAUCAUCCAACAGUGACCCAGGAAGCUGAAAAUAUUUUCAGGGCCAUAGAUGAUGGCCGUCCAGAGUAUAAGUGGUCAGAGAUCUUGAAAAAGGAUGAGCUCCAUACCGGCCGACGAAUUUUGCUGGCUUAUGGGCUGCAGUUUACGAACCAGAUGGGAGGGGCUCCCUUGAUUACCUAUGUCACUACAGUCCUUGAAGAUAACGUGGGCCUCGACGCCAAGCUGAGUUUAUUGCUGAGUGGAGUGAUCCAAUUGAUGUUUGUCAUAGGUGCUUUUUAUCCCAUCUUUUACUCCGAUCGACUGGGACGGCGGAGCCCAAUGAUGUGGGGAUCCUUUGGCCUCUUCGUAUGCCUACUCAUGAUCUCCAUUCUUCUGUCCUUCAAAGGGACAAACCUGGAAAAGUCGGCCGCUACGGCCUCCGUGGCUUUCUUCUUUCUGUAUAUGCUCAUCUACGGGGCCACGAUUAAUUGCAUACCAUGGGUAUACGGGCCAGAGCUAUUGCCCCAACACGUCCGGACAAAAGGACAAGCCAUCGGAAUUUCGGCUAACUGGCUCUGGAGCUUUUUCGUGAACAUGAUAUCUCCGACGCUGAUCCGAGACCUGGCAUGGAAAGGGUAUCUCAUCUUCGUCGCCUUUAACCUCGCCUUUAUACCGAUCUUGUACUUCUACUACCCCGAAACAGCUAACUUGAGUCUCGAGGACAUUGAUUCCCUAUUUGGAGUCCAGAAGGCACAGCCUAUUCGGGAGGAUGACAAAGGGUUUACCUGGGAGGAGAGCAGACCUGUGAGCUAA